AUGGCAUCAUCUGCGAUUAAGCAUGUCGAAGAUCACCACCGGCAUUCAUCUUCCGCAAGGGACUUACUGGGGGGAUGCUGUAAUCUUGUGAACGAGCAUGGACCAGUGACAAUCGAACAUGUGUUAUUGGUGUUGAGAGAGAUAAAAGACGAGAGAGAAUCACGAUUUUGGGGGUUGUUUAAUUUCUUUGAUGCAUCAAACGCAGGGUACUUGGAUUUUGUUCAGAUCAAGGUAGGGCUAUCGGCGAUGCAAAUUUCGAAGGAUUACAAGUACGUGAAAGAGUUACUUAGGGUUUGCGAUGCAAAUAGGGAUGGAAGAGUUGAUUAUCAGGAGUUCAGAAGGUACAUGGAUGACAAGGAGCUUGAGCUUUAUCGUAUUUUCCAAUCCAUUUAUGUCGAACAUAAUGGUUGCAUUUUAUAG